GUACAUAAAUAUAUAUUAUACAGAUUAUUAUUAUUAUUAAUACAAUUGUUAUAAUUAUUUGUAAAUCAACAUGAAUCUAUUGCAUCAAUCACUUGGAGUUACCUCAAGGAAUCCAUUUUAUCUAACGUAAUGUGUUCAACUUACAGCUAUAAGUUGAUUACAAUUUACUGUAAUCAAUUGAUGAAAGCUUUGCUAUUUGCGAAGAUACAACAAUUAACAUUAUCUAUUGUGAUUCCCAGCUUUUUUUACAUCAAUUCAACAUUUAAUUUACUCCAUUAAAACCGUCAAUAUGUGAUUCUUCAAUGGCCAUUUUAUUAUUAAUAUAUUUUCCCCUUUUCUUGGGUUCCUUGUUUACAAGUUGACAACAUUACGAAACGUAAAAAGGGUACAAAACCAUUGAUUAACCAGUUUUAUGGUAAAUCAAUUUUGUGCCCAUUAAAUCAAUAGUUUAAUCUCUAUUAAUUUAACCAACGGUUUAACCAUCAAAUAUAUUCAUAAUUUAAAUCAUGGACACCACCAUUAUCAGCAUUAAUUGUUGUAAAAGAAAAUUUGUGAACCUUGUUUUUUUGCUUCUCACCAAUCAUGUUUGUUAGUUUUAACGGCAAUUGUAAAUCUUGUGUCUAAUUGUUGAUCAACAUCUUUUCAUUCCGUCAUUAUAAAUCAUCAUUUGGUUUCACAUUUUAUACCUUAAUUAAUCAAAAAUCAUCAAAUUAAACCAAAGCACCAAGAUGCCUCCAAUGAUGGAACCGGUUACAAUGAGUACACCAACAAACUUAAGUAGUGCCAAUGAGGAGUGUUUGGCUGAACGUAAAUGGUGGUGUUUCUUGUUAUCCAGUAUAUUCACCUUUUUGGCUGGACUUUUCAUAAUAUUAAUAUUUCGAGCUUUCGCCUUCCUCUGUUCUGGACCCACUGCACAAACCCAACAACUCCAAUCCAAUGGUAAACCCAAGGUAUCUCUUAUCAGUCCACCAACAGCUCCAGCCCCACUGCCUGCUAACAAUGCCAUUGCCGCACCAGGAGCCAAUGUACCUCAAUUCACUAAAGGAGGAGAUAGAUCCAGGUUUACCGAUCAAAAUGGACAGCAACCAGAGCUUGGCUGGGUAACGGAAGCCAAAGACUGGGCUGGUGAACUCAUCUCCGGUCAAUCAGCAACAGGACGUAUCCUUGUUGUUUUAGUUUUCCUUUUAUCAAUUGCAUCGCUCAUUAUUUAUUUCAUCGAUGCUUCAAGAACCGGUCCUGGUAAUGGAAUAGGGGACAAUGUGGAAAAAUGCCAAAAUUGGAGUGAAAAUCAUACUCAACAGAUUGACCUAGCCUUGAAUAUCUUUUUCAUGGUUUACUUUUUCAUAAGGUUCGUGGCUGCCUCUGAUAAACUUUGGUUCAUGUUGGAACUUUACUCUUUUGUCGAUUAUUUCACGAUUCCGCCUUCCUUUGUAUCCAUCUAUCUUGACCGUACCUGGAUUGGUCUUCGAUUUCUUCGAGCUCUUCGACUAAUGUCAAUUCCAGAUAUUCUUCAAUACUUGAAUGUUCUCAAAACAUCUUCAUCCAUUAGACUUGCCCAGUUAAUUUCAAUUGUCAUCUCAGUUUGGUUAACAGCAGCUGGAAUCAUUCAUCUACUUGAAAAUUCUGGUGAUCCUUUUGACUUCAAACCUCAGCAUACAAUUUCAUACUGGGAAUGUGUUUAUUUCUUGAUUGUGACCAUGUCCACUGUUGGAUAUGGUGAUAUUUACUGUCACACCAUGAUUGGUAGAGCUUUCAUUGUUUUAUUCAUCCUUGUUGGUUUGGCUGUAUUUGCUUCUUGGAUCCCUGAAAUAACUGAACUGGUGGGCCAACCCAAUAAAUAUGCUGGCAAUUAUCACACCAAUCCUUCCAAAAAACAUAUUGUCGUCUGUGGACACAUCACAUAUGAAAGUGUCAGCCAUUUUCUCAAAGAUUUUCUUCAUGAAGAUAGAGAAGAUGUUGACGUUGAAGUUGUAUUUCUUCAUCGUAAGCCUCCAGACCUGGAGUUAGAAGGUCUAAUUAAAAGACAUUUUACAACUGUUGAAUUUUUUCAAGGCUCGGUUAUGAAUCCAAUUGACUUGCAGCGUGUCAAGGUUCAUGAUGCUGAUGCUUGUUUAGUUUUAGCUAAUAAAUAUUGCCAAGAUCCAGACGCUGAAGAUGCUGCUAAUAUUAUGAGAGUUAUUUCAAUUAAAAAUUAUAGUGAUGAUAUUAGGGUUAUUAUUCAAUUAAUGCAAUAUCACAAUAAAGCCUAUCUGUUGAAUAUCCCCUCUUGGAACUGGAGGAGAGGUGAUGAUGUUAUCUGUGUUAGUGAAUUGAAAUUAGGCUUUAUAGCACAGUCUUGUCUAGCGCCUGGGUUCAGUACCAUGAUGGCUAAUUUGUUUGCCAUGAGAUCAUACAAAACAUCUCCUGAUAUGCCUUCAUGGCAAAACUAUUAUCAAUGUGGUACUGGAAUGGAAAUGUAUACCGAAAAUUUGAGCGCUUCUUUUAUUGGAAUGACUUUUGCUCAAGCUUCAGAAUUGUGUUUUAUCAAACUGAAACUGCUUCUUCUUGCUAUCGAAGUUGGAAGUGAAGAUGGAGGAGCAACUAUAGUUAUCAAUCCAAAAGGCAAUCAUCGAAUUCAAAGUACUACUCAAGGUUUUUUUAUAGCUCAAAGUGCAGAUGAAGUUAAAAGAGCUCUUUGGUAUUGUAAGGUUUGUCAUGAAGACGUUAAGGAUGAAAAAAUGAUCAAGAAAUGCAAGUGCAAAAAUCUUGGCGCAAUAUUCAAAAAGGGAGUGAGAGUUGUUCAAGCAGUCAGUAAUAAUCCAACCAGGCAAACAGAAAGUGGCCUCAACCCUAACACUCAUGGAAACCUUACUGAUGGUAAUUUAACACGAAAUCCAUCGAUGAACCUUAUUCCAACUCAUACACCACCUGAAAUACCUAAAAGAGCCAAAUUGCGAGUAGGUGAUCAUUCUGGAGAUCCAACUGAAAGUACUCAUUUGAUUCCACCUUCAUCAAGUUCUGGGGGUCGUAGAGCAGCAAGAAAUGGUAAAUCGCUGACAAUAUCUUCACCAUCUCAACCUUCGGCUCAAACUCAGCGAAAUCAAUCUUCAACCUCAGCAACGGCAACAGCAGCCAAUCAACCAGCAAAACCUUUUAAAGAUAUGCAUUUAGCUUAUGAAGUUAAAAAGCUUAUGCCAGCAACCCGUCCUGGAGGGGAUGUCACUAGUGGAACUACAGCUCAUGGGUCUGUACCGAGUGCUGGUUUCAUCGAUACAAAAGAUUUUGACUUUGACAAAACAGAAAUGAAAUAUGAUUCAACAGGAAUGUUUCAUUGGUGUCCAGCUAGACCAGUUGAGGAGUGUAUUUUGGAUCGGAAUCAAGCUGCAAUGACAGUUUUAAAUGGACACGUUGUUGUUUGUUUAUUUGCUGAUCCUGAUUCUCCUUUAAUUGGACUACGAAAUUUGGUUAUGCCUUUGCGUGCAUCCAAUUUUCACUAUCAUGAGUUGAAACAUGUCGUUAUUGUCAGUAAUGUUGAAUAUUUACGUCGAGAGUGGAAAAUGUUACAAAAUUUACCCAAAAUUAGUGUGCUCAAUGGAUCACCUUUAUCUCGAGCUGAUCUUAGAGCUGUAAACAUAAACCUUUGUGAUAUGUGUGUUAUCUUGUCUGCCAAAAUACCUUCUUCAGAUGAUCCCACGCUUGCCGAUAAGGAAGCCAUUCUUGCCAGCCUUAACAUUAAAGCGAUGACUUUUGAUGAUACCAUUGGAGUUAUCCAAGGCACCAAUGGAACUGGUUUAGGUAGUGCUAAUACAGCAGCUCCUCCUUUGGUUAUUCAAAGGCGUGGUUCAGUUUACGGGUCCAAUGUACCCCUUAUAACGGAGCUUACAAAUGAUGCCAAUGUACAAUUUUUAGACCAAGAUGAUGACGAUGAUCCUGAUACUGAGCUUUAUAUUACCCAACCAUUUGCCUGUGGUACUGCUUUUGCAGUUUCUGUAUUGGAUUCACUCAUGUCUACAACUUACUUUAAUGCUAACGCACUGACACUUAUUAGAUCUCUUAUCACUGGUGGUGCAACUCCAGAAUUAGAACUUAUUCUUGCUGAAGGAGCUGGACUAAGAGGAGGUUAUUCAACUGAUGAAACUUUGAGAAAUCGAGACAGAUGUAGAGUUGGUCAGAUAUCACUUUAUGAUGGACCAUUAGCUCAACAUGGGGGAGGUGGUAAAUAUAGUGAUCUCUUUGUCGCUGCCCUUCGACAAUUUGGUAUGCUCUGUAUUGGUGUUUACCGAUAUCGGGAUACAAUUGGAACUGAGGCUUCGAGUAAACGUUAUGUUAUCACAAAUCCUCCGAUGGAGUUUAUUUUGAUGCCUUCUGAUAUGAUAUUUGUUUUAAUGCAAUUUGAUCCUGGUCAUGAAUAUUUCAAAGCUGAAAGAGGAAGUCAACCUCGUGGUGUUAAUACAAGUAUAGGACCAGGACCAGAGCAUGGUUUAACAACAGCAACAACCAAUACUGGAAAUCAACCGCCAUCUUGACAAAUACUUUGUAGCGCACUAACGGAUGGACCUUACUCUUUCAUAUAAAUAAAGAAUGGAUGAAAACUACCCAAAAAUGUUGAAUGCCUCUCUUCCCGAAAACAAAUUACAAUUAUCCAACAGAAAAAGUCACCGAUUUAAAUUGUCUACAGCUUUUUACAAAGAUUGAGUCAUAUCUAUAAUCAAUGAUUACAUUUUUGUUGAUAAUUGUGAUUUCCAAGCAUUUCGAGGUGGAGAUGACAUUCAAAAUUUACUCCUCUCACUCCUCACCACUCUUUUCAUCCUUUCUUUUUUAUAUAAAAGGUGAAAACUGAUUCUCCCUACUUAUUGUGAUAAAAUCGCGACUGGUUGAUCAUGAAAAUACCAAAUGCGAAAAAAGUUAACGGGAAAACAAAACCAAAUAAUAGGUCCAUCUUUUACUGUGCUACGCGAAUACCAAGAACCCCUUCUUCUCCCAAACUCUUCUCCUAUUUGCCCUCUUUUGUAGUUCUUGUACUCUAGUUUGAUUGUAAAUGCAAAUCAAUAAUAUAAUUCCUUAGUUUAUA